AUGGAGUAUGUACAUUGUGAAGCAGAGUACAACCCAGAAUCAAUAACGAAUUAUUAUUCAUGUGGUGUUCAAAUUGGAAGAAUAAAAAAUCCAGAUAUUAAAAACAUGGUUAUUAAAGCCCGAAACCAUCUUUCUGCACUUGGUUGGUCUUUCUACUACCCUACGAAAACCCCCGGAAAGCGGGAACUUCGUUACCGCUCUCCGGCUGGUAAGACUUACGUCACGCUUCGGUCAGCAUGUCGUGAUCUUAUUUUUAUUGAGGAAAAACCGAAGAAAAAAAAUCCGUUUUCUAAAGUUGGUAGGCCUAAGAAAAGGAUUUAUAGUCAUGAUCUUGAUCCUUUUGAGCGAGAAACGAAAUUGGUUAAAAAAGAUACAAAUAUUUUAAGGUUUGAUCAAGAAGCCGAAAAAAAGUUUGAAAAAAAAGAUCAAGAGUUUAAUGAAUUCUUUUGGAGUGAUAGUUUGCCCGGUUUUGAAAAAAGGGAUCAGCAGCCAAAGGGGAAAAAAAGGAUUAGAGACAUGAAGAGAUUAAUGGAGGCUGGAAAGCAAAGGAAGAAGCAGUUAAACUCAUCAUUUGCGCGUCGUAGGUGCGUGCUUUCUUUACUAAUCGAAAACAGUAUUGUGGCUAGGGGUGCUAAUGUUUGUUAUCGAAAAAAGGAUGGUGAAGUUAUUGCGAAAGGCCGGGUUUAUGAAGAUGGGAUACAAUGUGAUUGUUGUGGGGAGUUUUUUUUGUUAAGUAAAUUUGAAGCUCAUGCUGGAAGUAGUUAUCAUAGACCAGCAGCUUUUAUGUUUCUUGAAGAUGGGAGGUCUCUUUGUGACUGCCAAAAUCAAUUAAAAUUCGAUAACGAUUAUGUUGGAGUUUCUAAAUCGCAAGAGUUGUAUGAGGAUGAUCGCGUGUUAAAAGGGGCUAAAACGCCGGAAUCAAGUGUGGUGGUUAAUAAUGAUGAAUAUUGUUGGAUAUGCAAAGAUGGUGGCGACUUGAUUUUAUGUGAUUCGUGUACAUCUUCUUUUCAUCCAACCUGCUUGGGAUUAUUGGAUGGAAUUCCGGAUUCAGAUUUCUGGUAUUGUCCUUUUUGCUCUUGUGGUAUUUGUGAUCAACGUCGAAUUGGUAACUUUACCAAUGUGGCUAGCAAUGCUCUUAGCCGAAUCAAGUGUGGCCAAUGUGAGCACAAAUUCGACGUUGAAUGUAUUAGAAACAUGGGGGUUUCGAUAUCUUGUGAUUCUAUUAAUUGGUUUUGUAAGGAGGAAUGUGAACGAAUAUAUACAGGUCUGAGGGGUAUAUUAGGUACUUCAAUUCCGUUAUCUGUUAUUAAUAACUUAACUUGGAGAUUACUGAAGCUGGAUUAUGAAAAAGACUUGGAUGAAUGUAAAGAAACUUACGAGAAACUAUAUGUCGCAUUAGACAUAAUGCACGAGUGUUUUCAAAUCGAAAACCAUCCUUUGUCCGAAAAUAUCAUUGAAGAUGUGGUUUUUAGUAGAUACACAAAGAAGUCAGAUUUUACAGGCUUUUUCACCGCAGUUUUGGAAAAAGACCAGAAGAUUAUUACUGUGGUAAAUCUUCGGGUUCAUGGGUGUAAAGUUGCGGAGAUCCCACUUGUCGCUACAAGAUUCAAGUUUCGGAGACAGGGGAUGUGCCGGAUUUUGAUGGAAGAACUCGAAAGGAAAUUGGAAGAGUUGGGGAUCGAGAGGCUUGUUUUGCCCGCGAUACCGGAUAUGGUUAAUACAUGGACCGGGUCAUUUGGGUUCAAUGUGAUGACACAAGCUGAAUGUAUGGAAGUUGCUGAUUGCAAGUUUCUUGAAUUUCCUGGUUCUAUCAAGUGUCAUAAGAUACUGAAGAAAAUGUGA